AUGUCACUGUCAAAUCCAAGUACUAAGAAACCUAGAAUCAGUGGGCAAACACUUGCAGAAAACAACAUCUUCUUUUAUAGCGAAGUGCAUUAUCCCCACAAGUUAAUGAAAUGGCUCCAACCAAUUCGUCAGCUUCUCAUACGCCGGCGGACCAAAAUUCCUUGCAACAUCAGAGACGAACUCAGAGACGAACUUGAAAAUUUCCGUGAUCUGGACAAAAACGAGUACAACAACAUGACCAAUACUAAGUCAUUCGAAAGUUCUGUCGAUAGGUGGGACUUGCAACCUAACGACGAGGAUUUUGAAACUGCAUCUCCAGGGACGAAUCUUUUUGGAAGAGCUGAUACUAUAAAUCUGAGGGUACGGAAAGAAUUGGAAUCCUGUUUUGACAUCUCACAAAAGUUCGUCAAGCUACGCGGAGAUCAAGAAUUUGAGCGCGAAUGGCAAAAUGUCUUGCAGGAACAUAUCUUCACAGUCUAUCGAAGUGACGAAGCAGGCUCCGAUUCUUUCAACAACAUGCUGCUACGCUUGACGCGACAUCAAGAAAUUCACUGGACUGAGUUCCAGCAAUCAUCCUCGUUUGGCUUCCGAGACAGCAAAAAUACCCUGACAUAUCCCAUACCAGACUUUACUUACGGAUUCCCCAUUAUCGAUACCACCGACCCUGUCUACAAACCAUAUCUAACGCAUCCAUGGACUGAGAAUUUCUCUCUUCCAACGCUCAAUAAACUCCGAAAAGACAGUGGUGUGUUGUCCUCGCCGCGGAAAGCCCUAGGGCGAUGGGACCCUUCGGAGCCCACGAGGGACCAAAUGCGCGGUCCAGAUCUCAUGUGCUUCCCCUGGGCUGUCGUUGAGGUAAAGUCCGCUAUCGUAGAUGGCGAUCCAGAAAGAAUGUGCUAUUGCCAAGCUGCGAAUGCCUCUGCCGCCGCCCUCAGCCUACGGGAGAAGCUGCUUCUAGCUUCGAAAAAGAACGAACCUAACCCUGAGGCUCUCGUCAUCUUCUCUUUCACAUGUGUUGGUACGCAUGUCAAGCUUUGGCUCACAUACAGGCGGCCCAAGAAAAUCGUUAUGCGAUGUAUAUGGGCAACGUCACUGGAGAUUUCUUGGGGUGUCUUUGUCUUACGCAUGGUGCUUAAGAAUAUGCAUGAAUGGGUAAACCAAGCGGUCAGACCAGAGCUUUCUCGAUGGAUUGAGGGGGCCCGUGGAUACCCAAACCCCCGGGGUUUUCUGAGUCCUGGUGGUGACUUGGUAGUGCUAAGCAAAAGAGCUGCUUCCCACGAGCCGCACUCCAAACCUCUGACAGACAGUCCUGUUUUACGAAAGUCCCAUUCUUCUCAGAAAGAUGCCGCACAACAUUCUCAAGAGACUAGUCGAAUGAUUCGCUCUCGUGCGCCAAGUCCAACUUCCAGUAACUUCCCAAGCGCGAUCAGGGGUAGAGCGGAAGCAAACGGCGUCGGAUGCGACAACGAUGACGAAUAUAAUAGCGGUGGCAAAGACGAACAAGCCAUCCAAGAUUCUCCAGAUGAAGGCUACCAUAGCUCACCUAAGAAAAGUAUUAAAAAGAAAGCCACAACCAGACCAUCAUGGAAGUCUAAACACGACAUCUCCUGCAACUGCGGCAAUCGGGGCUGCUUUAAAAUCGAUAAUGAAGUCAUAGUAAAUGCACUCUCCUUAAUUUCCCUCUCUGACACGAAGAGAUGA